GAAGGAACAAAGCCACAAAGCCUGCGCAUGCGUGCUGCCAGAAGGUCGUUUAGACAGCAGCCCGGCCCCACCCACAGCACUGAGGAAGCUAGGCCAGUCAUCGACGCCAGAAAAUGGAUGAGUCCCCAGAACCAGCUCUAGUCGAACCCUUGGGACAUGGAAACACAACCACACCGCCAACCGUUGACCCUACUGAUGACCAAGAAGAUGAAGAGACAAACCAGGUCAACGGUGAGGCAGAGUACCCAACUGAUCACAGAGAAUAUGAUCUGUUUGACCAAAGAUCUUCUGAACAGAUUUAUGAGGAAAAGGCACUCAACCAAACUGAAAGCGAAGAGUAUGGACAGAUCGAGCACCAGGUGUCUGGCCUGACGGAUAGAAGAGCUCCUCAACACAUGGAACGAAAAUUGUCAAGACAGGCUGAGAGAAGAACUUCAGAGCAGACUGACCGCAGGACGUCCAUGUCCUCCGACCGCAGGAUGUCCUCGUCGUCUGACCGCAGGAUGUCCACACCGUCUGACCGCAGGAUGUCCGUGCCGUCUGACCGCAGGGCCUCUGAGCAGGCUGAUCGCAGGCUGUCCAGCCAGGCUGAGAGGAGGGUCUCUGAGCAGACUGACCGCAGGGUGUCCACGUCGUCUGACCGCAGGAUGUCCUCGCCGUCUGACCGCAGGAUGUCCAUGCCGUCUGACCGCAGGGCCUCUGAGCAGGCUGAUCGCAGGCUGUCCAGCCAGGCUGAGAGGAGGACUUCGGAGCAGGCUGAUCGCAGGCUGUCCAGCCAGGCUGAGAGGAGGACUUCCGAGCAGGUUGAUCGCAGAUUGUCUAGCCAGGCUGAAAGGAGGACUUCCGAGCAGGUUGAUCGCAGAUUGUCUAGCCUAGCAGAGAGAAGAGCUUCGGAACAGGCUGACACCAGCUUGUUCAUAUCAUCCGACCAAAGGGCUUCUGAACAAAUUGACAGCAGGUCAUCUGACCAGGUGGAGAGCAGAACUUUGGAGGAUUCUGAGCAUAGACUUUCUGGCCUGGCUGACCAAAGAACUCCUGAACAGACUGAUCAAAUAUUGUUCAAUAUAUUUGAGAGUACUUCUGAGCACACUGUUCAGGGAUUGUCUGAUCAAGUUGACCAUAAAACAUCUGUAAAGACUCAGCUAGCUGAACAGGCUGUUGACCAAGCUGAAAACUAUACUGAUCUUACUGUUGACAAGGCUGACUUCAGUGAACCUUACCAGGUGGACGACUUAGUGGACAAACAGGCUGAUGACCUGUCUUCCAAUGGAUCAUUUGACCAGUAUAACAGAGUAUUUUCUCAGUUCCGUGACAGCAAGGAGGAUAAAGAGGCUGAGUACAGAAUAGAGCCCUGCAAAUUUGAAGAUAGCCAAAUAAACCUCAAUUCCAAUAGUUCAGUUGCAAUGGAAACUGAAACUGAAAGUCCAACCACUGUCUCAGCCCACCACCUACUGGAUACCAGAUUCACCAGUAAUUUUGUAGCAAAAGAUCCAGACUUUUACCAAAAAUUCCCAUCCAUCUCAUCCAAAUAUGAUAACACCAGUCGAGAAAACACCCAAUCCAUAGAAAUCAAUCCUGAUGAUUUUUCAGAAUUCGAGCAAGAAAGGAGUUAUAUGGAAAAGCAAACUCAUAAGAGGAAGUUCCCUCCCAUAACAUAUGAAGAUCCUUAUGAAGUUUCACUCCAAUACAUGGAGAAACAUCACAUUCUACAAAUAUUCCAGAAGAUCACUGAAAACUUAGUUUAUGAGAAACCAGAGGACCCUCUGCAUUUUAUGCUGCGCCAGCAAUCUCAGACUGUGCCUUUUGGUGGAGAAAGCCAUUGCCUCAAAAAAGUGUUUGAUCCAUUAGAGACAGCAGACAAGCUGAACACAGUGUAUCAUCCUCAGAAGAAAGUACAGCAUUCAUAAAACUUGCAUGUUGGCAGGCUGUAAAAAUACAAGAUACAACAGAGUUAUUACUCUGUCAGAAAGUCACAAUUUGAUAAUCCAUGGCAGGUAAGGCCAGCAGGUGUACUGAAAAAGAACAGAUACCUGGUUCUCAUUCUUAACAUUCUGAAUCCAUGUGUUCUGUUUUUCAUUUCAGUGACACUACAUAAAUGCGGAACUAAGCCACCAGUGCUGUCAAACAGACUAGUCACCUCCUGAUCGGAUUUUUACCUCUAGAAUAAGUCAUUUUACACGUAAUAUCCAACCCUUGAGAGUUUAAACAAAAAUGCAAAUAGAUAAUUCUCAGAGUGCUCAUUACUAGCCUUAACAAAUUUUCCAUAAAAAGAACUAGACAAAUGACAAUACAAAAAGGCUAAAAUAGAAUAAAUCUGUUGCCAGGAGACCUUUAUUUCAAAGUCAGUUUUAUUUUAGUUUUUAGUCAGUUUUAUUUUAGCAUUUAGUCAGUGUCGGUGUUACAGUCCCAUAUGCCUUGUGUGCUACUUGGUGCUACAAAAAAAGCGAAUUUCGAGAAGAUGUAUGACCUAAGAACACCAUUAUGUUUGGAGGAAAAAUUCCAAAUGCAGUUUCUGGUGUGUGGUAACGUAAUGCUUUUGUGUGUAAAGGGCGCAUAUUUGAUCCUUGUUUUACAGCUUUUCUUCCAGCUCACACUUUAUGGCCUUAAAAAUACAUGCAGAUUAGAGAAGAAACGAAAAACCUAGCAAGCAAUUUUGAUGCUUGCUGCAAGGUGCUGUAUUUAAAGUUGGUGUGUAACUCAUGGCAAAACUCAUGCUGCUUUUGAGUCUACUACUUGAUUUUAUUCUCAUAUAAAUGAAGUAAUAUUAGCCUUCUGGCUAAAAUCACUUUACAUCUUUGGGCUGCAGU